UUUUAUCUUUAGUUUUUAUCUUCUUUUACAUUAUUUACUUUCAUUUUCAUUUAAAUGUUAUUUUAUUUCGUAAGGCGCAGUUGUGAGCUGAUGUGAUCCCGCGUCGGGACGCGGUGCGGGAAGAGUUAAGCGGCCACGCAGCCCCCUUCUCCCGCAUGCGGCGCCUCCUCUCACUACCGGCGGGAGCGCAGGUGGUCUGACCGGAGGAUCUGCCCGCGUAUACUUGUUGAUCUGGGUGCGGGGGGGUGACGGUGGUGAGAUGCGGGACUCCUCGGUGUGGGCUGUGAGCGGAGCUUCAGAUCUUCUUCCUGCCAUGUUGGAGGCAGAGGAAGGUGGAGAUGGCUUCGAGCCUGUCAACAGUUAACCGUGAGAUGCUCCUGCUGCGUCUCCGCUUCAGGAAACGGAUUGAUUGUUCACGGAGCGGCGCGAGCUGGUUCGGUUCGGUUCGGCGCAGGAUGACAACGACCCACCCCGGUGCUGUGAUGACUAAAAGAAAGACCAACUCUAAUCCGUAGACCUGGAAGCUUCCUCAUCUUGGAGUCAACAUGGAGAAGUCCCUGGAGUUAAACAAAGCCGGUUCAAGGUCAACAUCGUCGCUGCCACCUGAACCCGUGGACAUCAUGCGCAGCAAGUCGUGCUACCGCAGGGUCAGACUGAACGUGGGGGGUCUCCCACACGAGGUUUUGUGGAGAACAUUAGACAGGCUCCCACGGACACGUCUGGGGAAGUUGAGAGACUGCAACUCCCAUGAGUCUCUGAUGGAGGUGUGCGACGACUACAGUCUGGAGGACAACGAGUACUUCUUCGACCGCCAUCCCGGGGCCUUCACGUCCAUCCUGAACUUCUACCGCACGGGCAAGCUGCACAUGAUGGAGGAGAUGUGCGCGCUGUCGUUCAGCCAGGAGCUGGACUACUGGGGCAUCGACGAGAUUUACCUGGAGUCGUGCUGCCAGGCCAGGUACCACCAGAAAAAGGAGCAGAUGAACGAGGAGCUGAAAAGGGAAGCGGACAACUUGAAAGACCGAGAGGGAGAAGAGUUUGACAACACGUGCUGUGCGGAAAAAAGGAAGAAACUGUGGGAUCUCCUGGAAAAGCCGAGCUCGUCCGUGGCAGCGAAGAUCUUGGCCAUCAUCUCCAUUCUCUUCAUCGUGCUCUCCACCAUCGCCCUGUCCCUUAACACACUUCCAGAGCUGCAAGACAUCGAUGAGUUUGGGCAGUCCACUGACAACCCACAGCUGGCCCAUGUGGAGGCUGUGUGCAUUGCCUGGUUCACCAUGGAAUACCUUCUGCGCUUUCUCUCCUCCCCAAACAAGUGGAAAUUCUUUAAGGGUCCUUUAAACGUAAUUGACUUGUUGGCCAUUUUGCCUUACUACGUCACCAUCUUCCUGACGGAGUCAAACAAGAGUGUGCUACAAUUCCAGAACGUCCGGCGUGUGGUUCAGAUCUUUAGGAUCAUGCGUAUCCUGCGUAUUCUGAAGUUGGCUCGGCACUCCACAGGUCUGCAGUCUCUGGGCUUCACACUUAGAAGGAGCUACAACGAGUUGGGCUUGCUCAUUCUGUUCCUGGCUAUGGGCAUCAUGAUCUUUUCUAGUUUGGUGUUUUUUGCAGAGAAGGAUGAAGAGGACACAAAGUUUAAAAGCAUUCCAGCUUCCUUCUGGUGGGCUACUAUUACAAUGACAACAGUAGGAUAUGGAGAUAUCUACCCCAAAACUCUGUUAGGAAAGAUCGUAGGGGGGUUGUGCUGCAUUGCUGGAGUACUUGUGAUUGCCCUACCAAUUCCUAUCAUUGUAAAUAACUUCUCAGAAUUUUACAAAGAGCAAAAGAGGCAAGAAAAAGCACUUAAACGAAGAGAAGCCCUUGAGAGAGCAAAGAGAAAUGGUAGCAUUGUUUCUAUGAAUUUAAAAGAGGCUUUUGCUCGAAGUGCUGAGCUAAUGGAUGUCGUGGUAGAAAAGAGUGAGAGGCCUCAUGACAACCACCUCUCUCCAAGCCGCUGGAAAUGGAGUACCAAAAGGGCUGCGUCGGAAACAAGUUCAAAUCGUUCCUUUAAUGCUCAGGAGUUGGGGUCUCCCUGCAAAGCUCGAGCAACAAGUCCGCAAAGGUUAAACGUUCAGAAGCUGGAGGAGAUGUACAACCAGAUGGCAAAGACCCAAUCCCAACCCAACCUCAACGCUAAAGACAGGGGCUCCAGAGGGGGCAAGCAGAGGGACGAGAUCGAGCUCGGAGCCAUUCAGGAUCACGGACAACAAGGACCAAGAGAAGGUGUCGGGGAUAUGAAAAGUUUGUCCAGCUUUGACAGCUACAUCAGUUGUGCAACAGAUUUCCAAGAGAAUCCACGCUUCUCCUACAGUCCAGCACCAGAUCUUGGUCUUCAGGAAAGCAACCGCUUCGUUUAUGGUCCUUCUGCAGCUUUUUCUCAGCACACUACGUCUAAAGUUGGUCAGCAAAGUAUUGGUCGGGCUGAACCUAGACCUACUCCUGUGUCAAAAUCAUCGUGCUCAGAUAAUCCAAGGAAGUUCUUUUUUUCUGGAAACUCCUCAAAAGGCCUUAAAGGAGGCUGCCAUAGUGACGCAGAUUCAGGACCAUCUCCACUUUCAGACAACUCGCUUGUGUCAGCCCACUCUCUUUUAAGCCCCGAAAUCUCCGUCUACACUACUGCCAGCAGCCGGACCCCUCCAAAGUCACCAGAAAACACUGCCGUGGGGCCCUCCGUCUUCACCUUCCACGACUCCUCCAUCAGUAAAUACAUUGACGCUGACACAGAUGACGAUGAACACCUGCGGGACAUCUCCGAGGCCAGUCCUUCAGACCGCCUCUUGGCUGGUGCCAGCCCAAAACGCAGCAUGAACAUCAAUUACCAGAAAGGGACUAACCAUUUAGAGGCAUCCCAGAAAGUGACGGGUCAGAACUGCCUCUUUCCCUCUGGUGGGAUUCGCGGGCUAUCUCACGAGAAUCACAUAGGACCUGAAAUGGCUCGCAGACCAAAGGUUGAAAGGGGUCGUCAAAGUACUCUGGAUAAAAGCCUCUGAGGCACAAGUGAAAGAAAAAAAAAGAAGCUUGGAAAAAGUGGUUGUAUUAGAGACACUUGAAAGGGUAAAAUGCUCAAUAAGCCAGAGACAAAGUCAAAGACAAAGACUAAAGGUUUCACAUUUCACAAAUUACCUGAGCAUGACAUCAGGGCACACGCUCCAGAUGAACAUGUGCGGUGAAUACUCUGGGAGAAAGACAUUACUAAAUAGGAGAAUGUCACUGCCCCCAACUUAGUUCAUUCCUGUUUGCAGUAUUUCACACUCACAGCAGAACACUGUAAAGUGGGUAAUGGGUCUGUUCAGUGACGCAGGGUCAGCAGAAACUACGACUGUGGUUAAAGCAGGUGCAACACAUCUACACAACGACUUUAGCCAAAGGGGGUUACUUGUUCUCACUUGCUCUUUCUUGUUCUCUGGGAAGGAGGGAAAACGGGUCCACAUUCCCAGAUGGUUCCCAGUUCAUUUUUAGGUCUUAAAACACAUAAAAAAGGACCCAGAAGCCUAUAAGAAACUUACAUGUGCCCAUUCCCAAAUCUGGCCUUAGUCAUUUCCAUUUGUAGGGUUAUGCAUGUUGACAUUUGUAUGUGAGAGAAUGUCAAUGAGUGAUCUAAUGGCCAUUCAUAUAAAUGCACUCUUGAGAUUGUCUAAGCUGAUUUAUUUUUAUAUAGAUAAGAGAAACUUCCCUAUAGAAAGUGAUGAGCUAGUCUGCUAUGCCAUAGUCACUCGUGAAGCGUUAUAAGGUUCAGUGUUUGGCACGUGGUCUUCAGUUCUCACAGGCUCCAGACCAUUUUCCAUGUUCUUGGCUGUUUUCUCUCGUCUUCUUUCUCUCAAUGUUCUCAUGUGGUUAGAAUUAAUAUUUUUGGAAAUCUCUGCCAGUGGAAGGUGUCUUAGCUUAUUUGUGUAAUUCUUUACAGAUGUUAGUAGCAAACCAAGAAGUUUUCAAUGUGGAAUUACAGAUAUUCUGAUGUUAGUUUCAGCACAAAGUGACACAUGUACCCAGAAAAAAACAUGAGAUGGUCCUGUCCAUCAUUUUUAAAUUUAUAUAUAUAAGGAAAACAUUAGGCUUAAGAUUCAGGGACAGCUCUUCAGCAUGCAUUCCCCUUCAUCCAACCAACAUAUACCAUGCAUAAGUAAACAUUUUUAUAUAGGCUACAUGAAGAUGAACAAUAUGGGGUCUGUUGUAUGCCUCCAAUUAUUAAAGUUUAGUAGCAGUGAAUGUACAAAACAUUUCAUCAAAUUCUUUCAAAGACGCACAAAGCCAAAAGUAGAUGAGACAAUCUUCAUAGAUACAAUGAGUUUCCAUGGUUACCAGUGGCUGUGCAAAAUGGCCACAGAGCGUCUUGUUAAUUGGACCAUUCAGAAUUUGCAUGUAACGUACACACAUACAUAUAUAUCCGCCGCGAUUGCAUGUCAGAGCCCCACUCCUCCUCGUCCAGAUUCACAAGUACUGUCUCGGUGUGCCAUUGUAACAUAUCAACAUUUUACAUUUCUGCUGCUGCCUUCACGAUCUAUAGUAAUUCAGUUUGUUUGCCGUUUCACAGAACAACUGGAAGCACAAGGUUUCUUAUUUUACCGCUUAAACUCUCAUCCGUCACAAGAUAUUUCCAUCAAAUGAAUGAGUGUAAUCCUUAAAUAACACGUUUGUUUUGUGAUAAUUAUGUCUGUUAUUAUGAAAGCCUUAUCAAAUGAUUACAGAAUGAGUUUCUAAAAAAAAAUGCAGUAUUUGUGAAAAUGUACAAAAAUGAGGAUCAGACAUUUAGUUAACCCGGAAAGCAGGAGAUAUUGACGACUGGUUUAGGAUAUUUGUAGCCAAAGUUUUGAUUCAAAAGUGAACCGACACCAAUUCAUAAACAUGGGGUGUAUGUGUGUUCCUGUGUUGUGGUUUAGGCAAUUGCAAAUCCUGAUUUGACUCUUCAUUUACAUCACAGAGCAUUUCGUAUUGUUCUCCCACAGUGCAAGAAACGGGAGUGUGAAAGGAAUAGCAAUGACUGAGGCGGGGGGAGCCAUCUGUGUGUGUGUGAGUGUUGUGUUGCUGUGAAGGGAGCGCAUUAAAGCGGCAUGACUGCUGCUCAUUUUAAAAAAAAUAAAAAAAGAAA